UCAAUUUACUAUUUUGACACCUGUCCGAUUUUUUGUGUUGCUUCCGUGAUGGUGAGUAUGUGGUUUAUCUUCGAUGUUCAUUUACGUUAAUGACGAUUCCUAAUCUAAAGGAGGGAGGAUCUUCGAGAAUAAGUGGACCAGACAUUGCCAUCACGAUGCUUGGGAUUGACCCACGAUGUGAGAUCACUCCCGAAACAGCAAAAAAAGCUAAAGCGCAGCUGAAUGAGAACCCAAGCACAACAGGUGCUGCUUUGAAUGGUUUACGCAAAUUGUACACAACUAGAUCGGACAUUAAUUUUGAGCAGGAUAGUGAUGACUUUCUUCUGCGGUUUUUAAGAGCUGGCAAAUUUGACCGUGAUCGAGCAUUUGGGAUACUCUGUAACUACUAUACCUUCCGCAAAAAGUACAAAGUGACACCGGAGAUGUUGUGUGCAGAAAAUUCUGCAAUCCAACAAGCUCUGUUAGACGGUUUCCCAGGUGUGCUUAAUGAUUUGGAUGCGCAUGGCAGGCGUGUGCUUUUAUUUAAUGCAAUCAACUGGGAAUUCUGGCUGUACAGUUAUAAAGAAAUUCUGAAAGCUCUACUGCUUAGCUUAGAGUUUUUAGUUGAAGAUGAAAAUGUGCAAGUGAAUGGUAUUGUCGUUAUUAUUGACUUCAGUGGAGUUCAAUUCAAGCUUGCUUCAAAGGUCACACCAUCGUUGCUUAAACUCACCAUUGAGAUGUUUCAGGACUGCUUUCCCUGUCGUCUUGGUGCAUUACAUAUUAUAAAUCAACGUUGGUUUGUUGACACUGCUAUCAAGCUCUGUAAACCAUUCUUAAAAGAUGGUAUAAAGAAAAAGAUUUAUGUACAUGGCAACAACUUGGCUACGCUACACUACAUGGUUCACAAAGAGAUGUUACCGACGGAACUCGGAGGACUUAAGCCACCAUACAACCACUUCUCGUGGGCCAAACAGCUAAUCGGUUGUAAUUACAAACCAGGAAAGAACAGCAAUGCUUCUGGAAACAACAAUGUAACACCAGAGUUUGUAAGAGCAAGGCGGGUUGAACUGGUGCACCCAUCUGCCAAUGACUCCCGCCCCAUGACAGCAGUAGAUGACGCGUUAAGAAUGGAAGAAUUGCCAGCAGACGAGAACGAAGAGUUGGAGGAGAUGCUACUGUUCCUGGACUACUGACGCGGAUUAUUAAUCGACUGGAAAUACCAUGGUCUUGUCCAGGGACAAUGUUCAGUACCUAUAAUUCUAAGACUAAGUAUAAACUAAGUAUAAGUAUGCAUUCUCUUUAUAUGUUGCUCUCACUAUCCGUGAGAACAGAAGCGGAACCUGUAAAUUUAAUUCGUAGCAAAUAGGAAAGCAAAUCUAUUUUGUAGAUAAGAUAUGAAAAUAUACAUAGGAUAAUUCAAACUUAAUUUUCAGUGGAGCAAACACAUCCAUCAUGAUUGGAAAAAGGAUUAGAUGUCUGGUGUCACAAUUUUUUUUUAUUAUUAUACAUGAGGCUACUACAAUGGUUAAGUGGUGUAGUCUACUUCGUGAAUACUUACAUGGAUAAACCGACUAAUCACCUAUUCUCUCCCAAAAGAGAACACCCCUCAAAAAUAUAAUGGAACAGUGGUUGAGUGGCGUAUUUAAGGGUAUUAACAUGGGAGAUGAGGAGGGGUUGAUUCCUAUAGAGGGGAAUGACAGUGAGAGAGUGGAGGGAUGAGGUAAAUUUUAACUACAUCGCAAUAAUUCUUUUGAUAACCAAAUUUCCAAUUGGUUGGUUGGUGGGGGGGGGGGGAAGGUGAUGUUUACUGCACCCUAUGCUAUCCUUAGAUACUCAACUGCUACUGGUCAUAAUCUGUAGUUGCAGUUUAUUUUUAGUACACUUCAUGUAAUUAAUCAAUCUUCUAAGAUCAAAGUCAAACCUUUGUUUCUUCACAAGAUGGGUGUUUAAUGCACAAGAGUAUAAAUGCUAGAUCUUCUCCAUGUAUUUUAGAAACAAAUGCUUUAGCAUGUUAAUAAAAUGGCUGCUAUAUUGCACAAUUGUAGAUUAGUCGAGGGUCAGAAAAGUCAACAAGGGAUAGAGGGCACACUCCUUCCUAGAAAAUGCCACUUUAUCGAGUAUGCACAUGACCAUGGCAAGAUGUUAACUCUCUAGUACAUUGGCCUAAUUCUGUACAUUGAAUCCCAUUAUGUAAAUCACCUUUAAUAAUUUUAAUAAAGUUCUACAUAUACUGCAUGAAUAUCCAUACAUAUAAUUGCUAACUUUGGUAUUUAUUUUGAGGUUUUUGUACAUCUUAAUGGUACAGUAUUUAAUUUGGACAGGUUUUUAUGUUUACAGCUAUUUUAAAAUAUGGUCCAGGUUCCAUAAAUAUGAUGGCAAAAAUGAAUACCCUAGUAAAAACAAGGUGAAUUGUUUCAUGGAGGUAGAAUGGGGUUCAUGGUUAUGCAAAUAAGCUGACACCAAGCUUUGGUCACAUGAUACCUAAUACCUGUGACUGUCAUUGAUUUUGUCUAUAGUGACCUUGUAAAACAGAUUUUGUUUUUGUUAAUAUGAUUGAUUUUUUAUUUUAAUCCUAGAGACAAUAGACUUUCAUAUUUUAGUUCAGAUAUUGUACUAUAUUAGUCGCGUUAGGAUAAAGCUAAAAAUAGUUUGUGUUGCCCAAGCUACCAACUGAGUAGCAGUGGCUCUAGAAAUGUGGUAACAGGUCCGACCCUGUUAGGGCAAGGACUUCUAACUGUUAAAAGUCCUUGGGUAGGGUUCAUGGGGAGAUGUUUUUAUGGUUUAGUAUGGUCCAAAUUGUGCUUUUUAGACCACAAUUUGGCAAUCGAAAUAACCUUAUUUGGAGAGGCAAAUUAAUAUACAGUAUUUGGUCUGAUGACCUUGUCAUGAUGUUGGACGACUGGGAAUCCAGGCCUGUCUGACGGGGCCCUAUUCCCACACCCCCGCUGGUGCAACUGCCCGAAAAUCUAUAAAGUCUAGGGUCAGCAUGUUUGUUAUUUUUCAUUAAUAUUUAGUAAACUUUCCUGUUUAAUACAGUAUCUAUGUCUCUAACUAUAUUCUAUAUAUUUAUGAACAAGCGCACACAGCCUAUUAUGAGGGGAAGUGGAGCAUUGUGGAAUGGCAGAUUUGGAAUCUUACUACCAUAUACCGGUAUUUCUAAUAAGAACAUUCUGAUCCAUUUUUUUUUUUUUUUUUUUUUGCAUCCACAAUAUUUAGUAAUGGUAUAUGCAAGCCUCUGUGCAAAUUAAGGCAUUUUUUAUGUUAAAAUUUUGUUGCCCAUUACUGCUACUAUUGUAAUUUUAUGGGUAGUAGGGCCAUUUUUUACAUAAUUAUCAAUUUGUAAGGUAAUUUCUGCAAUUUUGUACUGGUUUCAUAUUUUUUAUAACUUUAAAUGAAUUGCAUGAAUGUAUUAUUUACAUUUAUUAAUUACAUAAUUUGAAUUUAGGUUUUUCUUCCAAUGAGCCUUCAAAAAAGCUUCCUAUAACCCAUAAAUCUGCUUUAGUUUCAACAAUUUUGGGUGAAAUAAAUGAUACAAAAUAA